AUGGCAUCUUCAUCACUGAAUGAGGAUUUGAGCUGCAGCAUUUGUUUGGACACAUUCUCCAAUCCGUCCACUCUACCAUGCGGUCACAGUUACUGCAUGCGCUGCAUUGGCAAUUACUGGGACCAGCAAUGCGGCAAGGGUACAUACAACUGCCCCCAGUGCAGACAGACCUUCCCCAAACGACCUCCUCUCUCCAAGAACACACUCUUGUCCUCCAUGCUGGAGAAGCUGAGUAGAGUGGGACUCGCGGAGACCCAUCCCUCUGCUCCUCCUGCUCCACCAGAAUACAGUUUCCAGUUCCCCUCCUUUGUGAUUGACCAUCAUGAGACACAGAGGUUGCUGAUGAUCCAGCAGAAGCAGCUGCAGCAGCAGGAACUCAGACUCGCCCUUCAGACUUUUAAUAGGAGCGCGAAUGCCAUAGAAAGGGACCGGGCUGAACUGUUCUCAGCGCUGUCAGAGUGGAUACAAUGUUGUGGUGAGAAGGUGCAAAAUCUGAUCCAGAAUCAGAGGGAGCACCAGAACAUGCUCGCAGAGGAACAGCUUCAGAAACUGGAGCAAGAAGUCCACCAACUGACUCAUGCACAGGGCACAUGGCAAGGGUGUGAGAUGUCAGCUGGUUCUCCUGUAAACUCAACUAUCUCUUUUAGUGAGGUUGGUUCAGUCAUGAAGAAAUUACAGCCAAAACUGGAGAAAGACUGGAGCAAGAUGUACAACGUCCUUGUACAUACAGUGCAUCAGGUGUGUGUGUUUGAUCCUGUACAGAAGUCUGGAACUCUCCAAGUUUCCCAUGGACCCCAACCUGGAACUAGAGAGGAGCAUUUAAAAUACUGGGUGGAGCUGACAAUAGAGCCACUGUCGGUUCACCAGGAGCUGAUCCUGUCUGAUGGGGACCGGUCUCUCCAUCGUGGCCAAGUUCAACCGUACCGUAACCACCCUGAGCGUUUUGAUUGCUGGGGGCAAGCGCUGGCACGACAGCCGCUAACUGGUCGUUGCUACUGGGAAGUAAAGUGGGUGGGUAAGCAGGUCGACAUGGGGGUUGCUUACGGGACUAUGGGCAGGAAGGGUUGGGGUAACGACUGCGGACUUGGACGAAACAGCCAAUCCUGGAGCAUCCGUUGCAUUGGGUCCAAGUAUGUUUAUUGUCAUGACAACCAGACUACCUCAGUUACAGUGUCUGCCCCACAUGGAGGAGUAGGUCGGAUUGGUGUGUACCUAGAUCAUGGGGCGGGGCUUCUGGCCUUCUAUAGUGUAAAUGACAUGCAGACUCCACCCACUUUAACACUCCUGCACAGCAUAAAUACACAAUUCAACCAGCCACUGUAUUUUGCUGUGUGGAUUGACACCUGCUCCAAUGUCACAUUGAAAGUGAAAAGAGAAUAA